CGUAUCCCACGUGUUGGGGUGCGAAGCCGGCGACUACAGAGAUAUAUUUAUUAGCUGAACCUACUCCCCCAUUAGACACUUCUUUGUCUAGCGUUCUAUUCUACUUAUCUAGUAGUCAAUCAGACUUCAAUCAACGUCAUUCACCACAAUCUAGUGUUGUGUAACCAAGCUUUGAGUUUUGGAAGCCGCCACUUACACUAUCAAUAGAUUCGUUCUAUCUACCUGAAUCUAAUUAUCCCUCACUUUAUACGAUAGAUAUCUCCACAUCUCCUCACCUUACUAAACCUCAGAAAUCCACAAUGCCCACUACUGUGGAUAUCCGGACGAAAAAUCUCAAAAAGCCGGUCGACGUAGCCGAGUAUCUCUUUACGAGGCUCCGCCAGAUUGGUAUUCGCUCUGUCCACGGUCUUCCCGGCGAUUUUAACCUUGUCGCUCUCGAUUACUUACCCAAGGCCGGCUUAAAAUGGGUCGGAAACUGUAAUGAGCUGAAUGCCGCUUAUGCCGCAGAUGGCUAUGCCCGGGUGAACGGUAUCGGCGCUAUCAUCACCACUUUUGGUGUAGGCGAGUUAUCCGCCAUCAACGGUCUUGCGGGAGCCUACAGUGAGCACGUCCCCAUCGUGCACAUUGUGGGCUGCCCAUCUACCAUUUCUCAGCGCAGCGGCUUGUUAUUGCAUCACACCCUAGGAAAUGGCGAUUUCAAUGCUUUCGCCAACAUGAGUGCCGGUAUCUCGUGUGCCGUCGUCAAGCUCAACGAUCCGGCCGAAAUCGCAACUCAAAUCGACCACGUUCUGCGCGAGUGUUAUUCCAAGAGCAGGCCUGUUUACAUCAUGUUCCCCACCGAUAUGGUUGAGAAGAAGAUCGAAGGAGAACGCCUCGAGACCGAGAUUGACCUUAACGAACCCUGUAACCAUGUCGACCGGGAGGAUUACGUGGUUGAUGUAGUGCUUAAGUACCUACACGCCGCGAAGCGACCUGUCGUUCUCGUCGACGCUUGUGCUAUCCGACAUCGUGUGUUACCAGAGGUACACGAUUUGAUCGAAAAGACUCAAUUACCUGUCUUCGUCACGCCCAUGGGCAAGGGUGCGAUCAACGAGACACAUCCCAGCUUCGGCGGUGUGUACGCUGGCACUGCUUCUAGUCCUGCCGUCAAGGAUAUGGUAGAAGGGUCAGAUCUAGUUAUUUCCAUCGGUUCCAUGAAGAGCGAUUUCAACACAGCUGGUUUCUCUUACCGACUCUCUCAACUUCAGUCAAUCGACCUUCACAGCGAUCACUGUAUCGUGAGAUACUCAGAAUACCCCGGCAUCCGCAUGAAGGGCGUGCUACGUAAGGUCGUCGAUAGACUCGACCUGUCGCAAAUCAAAGUCCUACCCCCACCCAAAUUCAUAGAGCCCGAGACACAGACAGACGCCGCAGCCGUCAUCACCCAAGAAUGGCUCUGGGGACGUGUGGACCGAUUCCUCCGCCCCAACGAUAUUGUAGUGACCGAGACCGGCACAGCUAACUUCGGCAUCUGGGAAACCCGGUUCCCGGCCGGCGUCACGGCGCUGAACCAGACACUGUGGGGUAGCAUCGGAUGGGCUGUCGGCGCAUGCCAAGGCGCCGCACUAGCUGCCCAAGACGAAAGCGGCGUAGAGAAUGCACGACGGACAAUAUUAUUCGAGGGUGAUGGUAGUUUCCAAUUGACAGCCCAGGAAGUCAGCACUAUGAUCCGACACAAGCUGGACGUUAUUCUAUUCGUCAUCUGCAACGACGGGUACACAAUCGAGCGGUACAUCCACGGCAUGAACGAGGAAUACAACGACGUCGCCACCUGGCGGUACAAGGACGUUCCUGCCGCGUUCGGUGCCACGGAGGAGACGGCCAAGUCGUACGUCGUCAAGACGCGCGGGGAGCUCGAGGCCCUACUUACCGAGAAAGACUUCAACGAACGCAAGGGCUUGAGGUUCGUGGAGCUAUACAUGCCCCGCGAGGAUGCGCCCAAGAGCUUAAUGUUGACGGCCGAGGCGAGCGCUAAGAGGAAUGCUAUGACGGAGUAAUUGUGGGGAAGCGAAGGGAAAAGGGGUACACAAAUAGGGGACGGCACGUGAUGAGAUAUGAUAAUAUAUGCAUUGAAAUGGGCUGGGUUACUGGUGUUAGAGGGAUAUAAGUAGGGAUUUGUAUUUGAUAUAGACCGGAAGAAAUAGAAUUCCAAGGUUGUGUUACUCUACCCCUUUUUUGUGCGCGACCACUGAGAAGUUGUCUAACAUCUAUGAGGCUUGACUGAAAAUGAAUACUCAUAUGAUCUUGAAAUAAACAGAGUUGGCGAAGACUUUUCUAACACAAAUUCCAAGGUUUAUAUCCAAUGAAAACAACUGUUGUCG